ACCUUGUGCAGUGUCGUAUUUGACGUUUUAAAAUGCACCCAAAAACAAUACCUCUGCGUGUGGCAUUCUGGCUUCUCAUUUCGCAGUGAAACAAAAGCGAAGUUAUCGUGUAUAAAACGAGCAAGAAGCAAAACAUUUUUCCAGCCAUCGAUUAUUGCCAAAAAACAUCAACAUUACAAGUUAUUGAAAAGUGCAUUUUAGGGACAACCAAGAUUCGUGUAUUGCGAGGACAGACGACGGUCGAUACUUACUUUUUCUGCCUGAAGAAGGCAAGAGGCAAAGUAGUACCCGAGGCUUGCGCUCAAGCCCCGCCGUAGCCCGCUGGGUAUCGUCUUCUGAUGGGAAAAUACACGCACAGCUCCAAUCCGAGCAACCACUGGAACCUGGAACUGAUUAGCAAUGAUUUGAUCCGAGAAUGCAAAGCUUCCACGGAAAGCAGUCACCUGUCCAAGGGACUCCGAGACCGACUUGAGAGCCUGCCUCGGCACACCCGCAAGGAAGUGGUGAAGAAAACGCGUGACGGCUGUUCGUCACUGUUCAUCGCCUGUCGCCAAGGCAACGUUGAAAUCACCGAGUACCUGAUAACGGUGUGCGAUGCCGACAGCGAGCAGAAAGGUCUCUACGAGGUGUCCGAGGACCGCUCGGUGCACUGCGUUACCCCGCUGUGGUGUGCCUGCGUGUCCGGGAAGCUUCCAGUCGUCAAGUGUCUCGUCCGGUUGGGUUCCAAUAUAAAUGCUCUCUCUGAUACCGGUUCGACGCCGCUGCGAAGUGCAUGCUUCAUGACACACAUCGACAUUGUUCAAUAUUUGGUGGAAAAUGGAGCGGACAUCCGGAAGCCGAACUACAACGGUGGAACCUGUCUCAUCAAUUCGGUCCAGUCGGUGCAACUGUGCAGCUAUCUGAUUAGCAAGGGAGCGGACGUGAAUUCACGUGACAUUCAGGACAAAACCGCUCUGCACUACGCGAUCCAGGAGCAUCGUUUCGAGACGGCUCAACUGCUGCUGGAAAAUGGAGCGGAUCCGUUCGCGCGAAGCCGUUACGGAGAUGAUGCGCUGCAAACGGCGUGCCUCAAGGGGGCACAUCAAAUAUUCGACUUUCUGAAGAGCCGCAUCAAUUAUUCGUCCGAGCGGUUGGCUGAUGCUAACGAGCUGAUUGGAUCGACGUUUAUUGAUGAUCACAACGAGACGCGGGUGGCAAUCCUUCACUGGCGGUUGGCACAUCGCAUCCGUCAGAGGGAGGCUAUUUAUAUUAAGAAGAGACCGGAAGUUCAACCUCGUGCAGCUUACGGGCAUGCGGUCGAGUUUUCCACCACCGCCGAGCUGGAGGAAAUCGCUGUUGAUGUGGAUGCAAUGCGAAUUCAAAGUUUGCUGAUUUAUGAGCGAAUAUUGGGAAUCGAACAUAAGGACACCUUGUUCCGGUUGAUGUUCCGGGGUGCCUCCUACGCGGAUUCUCUGCGCUUCCAGAGAUGCAUUGAUCUGUGGCUGCUAGCGCUGCAGGUGCGAGUUCAAAAGUAUUCCAUUUUGUACUCCGAUACCUGCCUUACCGCACAGGCCAUCGUGAGGUUGAUGCUGGAUUUGCAGGAUAAAUUCGUCGAGGUGAUGCCGAACGAAUUUGUCAACCACAGUUUGCCCCGAUUCGAGGAUAUUUAUGAGGUGUAUCGGAUUCUCACGUCAAACAUUAAUGAGGCCCGUCGGUUGCUCAACAUUCGGCCAGCUCACAGAAAGCAGCAGGAAAACUACGACCGCAUACUGAAAUGUCUAACGCAUCUGAUCUACCUUUUGCUCUCUAUGGCAAAAACCGACGAAGAGUGUGAUUUGGUGAAGCAAUGCGUUCGACAUUUGGUUCACUGUAAUUUACGAAGUGCAAUUACCAACGAUACGCUGCUGCAUUUAUCCGUUUCGAGAUUGAAUGUGAUCAAGAGCGGCUAUUUCACCGAUGAGAGCAGCUUGAAGGUGAUAUUCCCCAAUGUAAACGUGGUAAAACUUCUGUUGAAGUGUGGUGCGUAUGUUAACGCAAAGAACGAGAGCAAAUCCACGCCGCUGCUGAUCGCUUCGUUGCCGUACAACUAUAGUAGAAAGCUCGUCCACACUCUGCUCGAGCACGGCGCUCAUCUGGAUCAGCCGAACCGGAACGACGAGCGGCCCAUGUCUCUAAUCGCAGUGAACCCGAUGAACGACAUACCCCUCGUCAACUACAUGACGCUCAAAUGUCUCUGCGCCACUGUGAUCACCAAGUUUGGUAUUCCCUAUCGGAACCAGGUCCCGCGCACGCUUGAGGACUUUGUUCGGUGGCAUGAACCGUAAUGUGCGCAAAGCUUUCAAGCAGUUGUAAGUUUUUCUCAUUGCUUCCUUAUCCGUUCAAUGACUCUUGCUGCUCUCUGUAUUAUCCCUCCGCUUUUUUGUAUAUUGCUUAGUUCUGCUGGCAAACCUUUUUUUAUGAAUCAAAACUUGUAGAUAUAUAUAUUUGUUACUACUUUUAUGUGUGUGAGUGCGGGAAGGUAGCAAAUUUAAACUGAUGAGUUCAGUUUUCACACAAAUUUUGAAAUUAGAUUGACACAAAGCGUUAAAAACUAGAAUUAAGUUAAAAUUUUAGAUGCGAGAGUGAGAUAAAAUAUAAUAAAAAUAAAACCCCCAGCCGUCAAUUGGGAUAGCGCUGAUCCUAGCAACAGUAUUCUAUUUACUCUUAUCGAACACAAAAACUCGUUAAAAGAUCUCAAACUUUCUCUUCCAACUAACCGCGUGUUUGCGUGGCUGUGCGUUCGGGUAAUAGAACCAAACGACACUAGUAGAAUCAGCAGUUGUAUCCGCAGAAAAC